AGGCCGUCUGCACUCUGCAGUUCAUAGCGUCAGUCGUCAAAGCUCUUGCUUUCGAGGUCGCUUCUUCCGCCGAACUGCCUUCAAGCAUUACAAAGUCUUUUUCCGCCCGAAAUUAUCGCUGAAUUCGAUUUAUCUUCAUUUGAAUCUAAAUCUAAUAUCCAGUUUGAAAAAAUGGCAAACUUGACUGGUGAUGCUGUGGUGGCCAUGGCCCAGAAGCAGGCUUUCGAUCCAUGGGCUUUGCCCGAUACCUUCACCAUCUAUGCCUACGCCCCAGAGGACAUUCGCAGCUUCCUUCAUCCUCACUGGCAUACCUACAAGGCUUUACACCCUGCUUGGUAUUACUUUUUGGGAUUAAUGUACUUGGUCAUCGGUACUUGCGCCGUUGCCGGUAACGCCGUCGUUCUGAAGAUCUUCAGCCGUUUCCCAGCCCUUAGAAGUCCCGCCAACUUGUUGGUGAUGAAUUUGGCUGUCUCUGAUUUUUUGUUGAUGCUCGCUCUCUUCCCCGAAUGCGUCUACAAUUUUUUCCUUGGGGGUCCAUGGCGCUUUGGAGAAAUGGGCUGCCAGAUUCACGCCUUUUUGGGCGCUUGUUUCGGAUACAACCAGAUUUUCACUUUGACCAUGAUCUCAUACGAUCGCUAUAAUGUGAUUGUAAAGGGAUUCAGUGGAACUCCACUUACUUUCAACCGCGCUGUGACAAUAAUCACGAUGAGCUGGAUUUGGGCUUUGGGCUGGUCAAUCUGUCCCUUGGUCGGUUGGGGAGCCUACGCCAUGGAUGGUAUCAUGGGAACAUGUUCGUAUGACUACGUGUCCCAAACCAUGAAUAACAAGAGCCACAUCAUGGCCGCCACUUUUGCCAACUACAUCCUGCCAAUUAUGAUUAUUGCUGGUUGCUAUUACUUCAUCGUCCAUGCAGUCUUCAAGCACGAGGAAGAACUUCGCGCCCAGGCCAAAAAGAUGAAUGUCGCUUCUCUUCGUAGCAAUACCGACCAACAACAGGUGUCGGCCGAGAUUCGCAUUGCAAAGGUCUCAAUCAUGAACGUAUCGUUGUGGUUGACUGCAUGGACACCUUUCGCCGUUAUCUGCAUCAUGGGCACCUGGGGUGAUGUCUCCAAGAUUACUCCUUUGGUAUCUGCUAUUCCUGUGAUUUUGGCAAAAACAUCUUGCGCGUACAAUCCGCUCAUCUAUGCCAUCUCUCAUCCUAAAUAUCGAGAAUGCCUCAAGCAGAUGUUCCCCUGGAUGUGCAUCGUCGAAGAGAAGAAAGCGAUAGUCGAUAAUCAAUCCGUUAUCUCAGAGAAAACUGAAACAACUGAAAUCGUCAAGUGCGAAUCAGCCUAAACAUUGUGAGCAUUGAAAAUGGUCCUCUUCGGUAAUAGUAUAGUGAUGGGGUUUGUUGGUUAUCAGACGGCUAUCACUUUGAAUGACGACACUGAUAAUCGAUCUAGACCCAGCGAACGUGAACUUUACCAAACAACUUAUUAUGGAUUUCUGUUUUAAUAUCCUGUCUCUUCCCAAAUAUUUUGUUGAAAUUUUACGUUUUUCUCAAAAACAUUUCUGUAUUUGACAACGAGAAGCUGCUAAAUACACUUGAAUGCAAAAUA